AUGGUUUCGAAUGGAAAUCCACCAGAUAAAAUAUAUGGUGGAGAUCUUGUUGAAAUUUCUAAAUAUCCACAUCAAGUGUCUGUUCAAUUUCGAAAUGAACAUUUUUGUGGUGGUGUAAUUAUUUCAAAUUAUCACAUAUUGACUGCAGCAAGUUGUAUUCUCGAUGGUAAUAAUGUUUUUUAUGCGAACAUUCAAGUAUUAAGUGGAUCCGAUAAAUUAAUACCAAGUACUUAUAAUAGAAACUGGAAAAUUCAUCAAGUUUCAUUUGUUAUAUUUCAUAAAAACUACAACCCUCGUGCUCAUUGGAUCAAUGAUAUAGCUAUUUUAAAAUUAUCAUCAGAACUGCGCUUUUCAUUUGCUUGUAAAUCAAUACGAAUGCCAACGACACAUAUGAGUACACGAAGACACAUAACAGGUUGGGGUCGAGAUCCAAAUACUGGAAUAUUAAAUAAUAAUCUUCAACGUCUUUGGGUUAGAUCAACACCUGGCCCAAGCUGCCAAAGAAAUUAUGGAAUACAGACAAUUAUUUAUCCAACUCAGUAUUGUUUGACACCAAAAUCAACUGACACUCAGGUGACAAUGGGUAAUGCUGGCAGUCCUGUGGCAGGAGGAACGCAAACAUCUCCAGUUCAACAACAUGAAAAAUAA